UCAUUCUCUUCAAGUAGAUUCAAUUCUUCAAUGAAGGUGGAGAAGAUGAAGAUAAAAAGACUUAGAACCCGUUGCUUUCAUGUUCUAUGCUCUUCUGAGCGCUCCAGUUUCGAAGAUAAUGCUGAUAAUGGGGGGUUCGAUACUUCUUUUUUGGUUGUUUUGUUCUGCUAAGAUAACUUCAAAAGGGUAGAUUUUUGUGCGGACAAUAUUGACUUUUUUUUCUUAACCCAAAAAAAUAUAUUAGUUUAUGGAGGAUGAGGGAAUGUGGAUAACUUAUCUCUUAUAGAGAAGAAAAUAGAAGAAUUACCUUGGGGAAAAAGAAAUUUUGCAAGUUGAAGAAAUAUUUUACAGUGGCCGAUUUCAGUCAACAAAAUUGUGAUAAGUUAUCUGUAUGACAAGAAGAAAGUGAUUAUGGAGAAAGUUUUUCCGGGUUAACUUGAUUAAUCAAACCAAACUUUUGAAUUAGGGUCUGUUUCACUGUUACAACAAACUAUCAUUGUACUAUUUUAUUUUCUUUCUUUCAGAGGUCAGGUUUCAUCGCGGGUGAUUUUGGUGGAGAGAUAUAGCAAUGGUACUGCGAAGAGGUGAUGAUUCGCAGUUGCAAACCUUUCUUGUUGACGAUGGAAGGUCUACUAGGGCAAAAAGGUUUCAGGAUUCCCAUUCCCCCGAUGAAAAACUAUUGUGGCUUCCAGACACAAUCAAAGAUUUUAUCCUACCAGCAGGCUUUCCAGGAUCAGUUUCAGACGAUUACUUGCAUUACAUGUUACUACAGUUUCCUACCAAUGUGACUGGAUGGAUCUGUCACACCCUUGUGACUUCGAGUCUGCUAAAGGCUGUUGGUGUUGGCUCUUUCUCUGGAAGCACAGCGGCUGCUUCUGCUGCUGCCAUCAGAUGGGUCUCAAAGGAUGGCAUUGGAGCCGUUGGACGCUUAUUCAUUGGCGGGAGGUUUGGAAGUCUUUUUGAUGAUGAUCCCAAGCAAUGGAGAAUGUACGCAGACUUUAUUGGCAGUGCUGGAAGCAUUUUUGAUCUGACAACCCAACUAUAUCCUGGCUAUUUCCUUCCUUUGGCAUCUCUUGGAAAUCUUACCAAGGCUGUAGCAAGAGGACUAAAAGAUCCCUCUUUUCGUGUGAUUCAAAACCACUUUGCAAUUUCAGGAAAUCUGGGAGAAGUAGCAGCAAAGGAAGAAGUUUGGGAAGUGGUUGCUCAACUGGUUGGCCUUGCUUUAGGCAUUUUGAUUCUGGAUACACCUGGCCUUGUGAAAUCAUAUGGUGUACUUUCAUUAACUUGGUUGAGUAUGCGAGUUCUGCAUCUUUGGCUACGCUAUGAAUCACUUUCAGUUCUCCAGUUUAACACAAGGGAAACAAUCAUCGGAAAGAUAAAGAAUAUGGAUUCUAUGCUGCCCAGAAGAGAUGUAUAUUUUUGUUUUUCUUUCUCUGUAACAUGGAUAGAUAAAUCUAAAGCGUGCUCGCAUACUGGUAAAAUCAUACAUGUUACAUUCUACUGUUCCAGGAUGCACAGAUUGCAACAGAGAAGAGAAUAUAUUAGCUUGGCCACAGUUCAUGAAGCCAAAAAUAAUUUUUGGCUUGCCAUUGGAGAAAAUGGACGGUGUGGAGAGAUCUCACUUUAUGAACAGGUGGAGGCACUUCUAAAGUUAUAUGCAAGUGAGAAAUAUAUUCUUAUGGUGAAUCAGCAACCAGAAGAUUUGAGGUUUUAUGUUUCUUUCAAGGUUGGAGCCACAAGUGUUUCCGUAUUACGAAGUGUGUGGCAGACUUUCUGGCUGAAUGAGAACUGGGAUAGUGAUGUUAAUAUUAGUGAUCAAAUUGCUAACAGCCUAAUGCAAUUGGAAGAAAAGUUUGAGGAUUUCAUUCAAAAGUUGAAAGAUGCAGAAUGGGAUACUCAGCAAUUAAAUUUGAAGGUUCCAAAAAACCUCUUUAUUGAUGAUAAUACCAACCCCCUCUAAAUUCUACAGUGAUGAAGCUGAUGAUGUUUUAUAGUGCAAAAUCAUAUGACCAUCAUGAGGUCUUUCUUGAUAGUGGAGGCAUAAAUCAAAUUGUAAAUUCUGUAAGCAGUUUUGCAAGCAUUCAGAUCAAGAUAUUAUAUUCACACGCAGACAUUCAAUUAAAGGAGACAUUGUAUUAAUUCAUUAAAUACCCAAUACUGUCUUUGAUACUUCAUAGGGAGGCUCCAGUUGUAAACCAUUUGUUCUCAAUUUUGUUCAAAAUAUUUCUUGUAUGCAAUUUUUGGGGACAAAUUUCAUUCAUGUUUGGUAUUCAUGACUUCUGUGGAUGUAUCAGUUAAGUUAAUCCUGCUAUCUUUAGUCUAAAGCAGUUCGUUAUUCUGUCUUCAUAAAAAGUUCAUUGGUUCACCUUUUGAGGGAGAAAUUAAUGCUGAUUUAAUCAAAUUAACUGCGCUGUAUAAAGAUGAUAUGGGAAACGAGGGUAUAGGGUUUUAAAGCCUAAAUUCAUGGUUGUCUUGUGUUACCAUUUUACCAAAUAUGUAAUGCCUUUAUCUGUGAGGUAACUUGUGGACUUAUCGUACUUUAUAGGUGAAGAACCAGAGUUUCUACUAUGUUUUCAAUGUUUGAAGUUAUUAUAUGCCAACUACAGCUCUUCAUAUUAAUUAAUUCCUUCCUUUCUAAGCCAAAUCCUUGUAGUUGACAACUUUUCUGGCUUGUGGUCAUUCACUAGCAGUAGCAUUAAAGAGAAUUUGAUAUUCUGCACUUUCUGUACUGAACAAGUAUAAAGUAGCUAAUAUGGAAAUAUUCCUAAAUAGCUUGCUU